UACGUGACAGUACGGAUGUGCUCGUGAGAACGACGAAAACGGGAACACUCGGGACAAAGGAGGAACGAGUCAGACACUAACGCCGUUCACAACAAUAGAGGUAGCAAACUAUUGGAGUUUGCAAUCACAUUAAGUCAAAAACCUUGUCCGUCGAACUUCUGUCAAGCUAAGUAACUACCAGGAAUUAGACGGAGCCCGCACGGACCAGUUGCUGCGCAGUGUUCGUGUGACUCGCAAAGAAAGUUUUGGGUAGUCACUCACCGAACCAGAAGACAGUGGGGAACCACAGUAACUCCAAAAACUGAACAUUUCAAGAGUCAUGUCGAAAAAGACGAUGGCAGAAUCACGCACUGACGACGAUAGCGCGGCUACCGAUUGCGGCCGCAGGAUGGCAUCAUUGCCCACAGAGCGAGGCUUGGAGGAAAAGCUGCGUCAUCUCAUAAAUACAAAACAAAAUUGAGACUCUUGACGCAAAAAUGGAAUGAAAUUGAACGUUUCAUGGAAAAUGAUGACAAUUUGACACACAUUGAAAACGUCAUGAUGAAGGAUUGUAAAAAGUUCUGUGAAGAAUUUGCUGAAGUUAAUGAAACAGUGAAACUGUCUAUGAAAGAAGAGGAAUGUGAGGCUGACCAAACAAACUGGUGUCACCCCAAAGUGACAAUUUGUCAAGAGUUUAUGAAUAAAAAAGUGGAUUGAGGAAACGAAACUCCAUCUGGAAUCGGUGAAAACAUGUCAAAAGGAUGUAACUCCGAUGGACAGUGUCUCAAAUGUUUCUCGAGGCGGCAGAUCAGGAAGAUCUUCUAGUCGUUCAUCCAGUGGAACAUCAUACUUAUCUUCUGCUACUUCUGUGCGACGAAGAGAGGAGGCCAACAGAGCAGCUCUCAUUGCAAAAGCUGCCGCAUUAAAGGGAAAACAAGCACUGGCAUUGAAAGAAGCCCAGUCAAUGGCUGACAAAGAACAGUUGGAAAUCGAAACAGAGUUGGCAGCUUCUACAGCAAGGAUGAAGGUUUACGAGCAAUAUGAGCAUAAUGACGAUGCUAACAAGUCCACCAAAAAGGAACAAUGUCCAGACGGGAAUGUGUCAUUGAGUGAUUCAGUUGGUGCUUUUCACAAUGCAUAUGUAGAACGCAGAUCAAAUCCUGCACCCAAAGCAACACCACUACAUCAAGCGAUGGACACAAAAGAGCUUUGUAAGGUGAUGCAACGACCAACAGAUAUGACUGAACUGCUGGUUAAAAACCAACAACUGUCUCAUCGACCACAAAGAGACGUUCCAUUGUUCUAUGGUGAUCCAUUGGAAUUCAGAUCAUUUUUGAAAGCAAUUGGACACGCCAUUGCUUCUCGAACUGACUCUGAUUCAGACAGGUUAUAUUUUCUGAAGCAAUACACGAGGGGUGAUCCAAGAGAUCUGGUCAGGAGUUGCCUGCACAUGCCAUCACAUCGUGGAUAUCGUGAGGCCCUGAAGUUGCUCUCUGAUCAUUAUGGAAAUGAAAUUAAGAUUGCUUCAGCCUUACUGGAAAAGGCAUUCAAAUGGCCACAAAUCAAGUCAGAAGACACCAAAGGUCUCAGUAACUUUGCAUUGUUUCUCCUGAGCUGUCAAAAUACCAUGCAGGAUGUGGCAUUUAUGGAUGAGUUGGACAGUCCCACCAACAUGAGACUGAUUUUGUCCAACUUGCCAUACAAGCUGAGAGAGAAAUGGAGAACCGUUGCCUAUGACAUGCAAGAGACCAGAGGAGAUCGUGCCAUUCAUCUGGCGGACAAGACAAACAGCCGCAUGCGGCAGCUGAAGCGUCAGCUGGAGGAGACCGAGGAGGAGCUGACCCGAGCCAACGUCUACCGCAGGAAGCUCCAGAGGGAACUGGACGAUGCCACCGAGUCGGCAGACGUGAUGAACCGGGAAGUCAGCAACCUCAAGAGCAAACUCAGGCGCGUGGACCUGCCCUACAACAUGAGGCGCACGGUGAACCGCACAGGCCUGGACAGCGAUGAGGAUCUGCCUGCAGAGCCAUCAGAACCUGCAGCGGAAUGGCUGAGAUGAAGAAGAAGCUAGAAACUGAGAGUUCAGCACUAGAGGGCGCAGAAGAGGGCCGCAAGAAAAUACAGCAUGAGCUGGACAGCCUGACACAACAGCUGGAGGAGAGGACUGCCGCCUAUGACAAGCUGGACAAAACCAAAACUCGCUUGCAGCAGGAGCUGGAUGACCUCAUGGUGGACCAGGAUCACCUGUGGCAGAUUGUCUCCAACUUGGAGAGAAAGCAGAAGAUGUGUGAUCAGAUGCUCACUGAAGAGAAGACCACUUCGACUCAGUAUGCUGAGGAGCGUGACAAGGCCGAGGCAGACUCCAGGGAGAAGGAAACCAGAGCUCUAAAUCUUGCCCGUGACCUGGAGACGAUGACAGACCUGAAGGAUGAGCUUGAUCGGACCAAUAAGUUGCUCAAGGCUGAGAUGGAAGACUUGGUCUCCUCCAAAGAUGAUGUUGGCAAGAGUGUUCAUGAGCUGGAGAGGUCCAAGCGUGCCAUGGAGCAGCAGCUGGAGGAGAUGAAAGUUACACACAUUUUCUUGCAAUAAGACGAGACAUUACAUGCUUUAUUGGCUUGAAUUUCCCCACAAUAAGGCUAAUAAAG